GCGCGGUAAGUGUUGGUGUUUGGCGGUAGGCGGUAAAUAGGGCCUGCGGGGGAAUUAGGUAAGGGGGGGGAGGGGGGAGGGGGAGAGACAUGGGCCGUGUCAGGAGGGGAAAUUGCAGAGGUGGUGACUAGGGUAAAUUGGGGAAUAGGAAAAUAUCAUUCGGGUGAAAAAAAUAAUUGUUUCCAGUUCAGGAAAGGUCUCGGGAGCAGUUUCAUCUGGUUACGCUGCCUGAACGGCAUCGGGACAAGAGGUAGCGAGGAGGAGGAGGAGGAGGAGGAGGAAGGAGAAGCAGAAGAAGGAGCAGGUGUGGGAGGAAGAAAGUAUGGAGGUUGGCGUUUGCACUAGACCUCCGCAGGAGGCUGUCGUUGACACUGGCGGAGGCGGCGCAGUUGGGCCAGCAGCAGCUGCUGAAGCCGGACACACAGAGCGAGAGCAGCGGUGGGCGAAGGUAGGACGAGCCGGACUGGCAGUGGGAGUUGGAGGGGUGGACGAUUUGGGAGAGCAGGGACGUGGUAGGGAAGGUUUCCCUCUCGAGACAUCUCCAGCGGCUAACUGUGCUGGCGCUGGCCCAUUGGAUUGCCGCCAGCACCAUCGGUUCCAAAUUCAGAGUCGGGGCAUCCGAAUCGGCCCUCGUACAGACCUCCGCACACAGCUCGAGAUGGACAAGGACGAUGAGAGUCUGAUGAGAUGGAAACGCAAUUUGCUAGGGCAAGCUGCCGAGAUAACCGAUCAGUCUGUGCUGGAGCCGGAAGUCGAGGUGUUGAGCUUCAAGGUGAUGGUGAAGGGUCGACCGGAUAUUUUGAUUCCUCUUGCAAAAAACGGAACGAAGGCUCCCAAUUUUGUGUUGAAGGAGAAGAGCAUCUAUCGGGUGCAGUUUGAGUUCAUGAUCAGGAAAAACAUCGUUUUGGGUCUUACCUACAUCAACGAUGUAUUCAGGCAUGGAAGACCAGUUGAGGAGACUGAGGAGAUGAUGGGCACCUAUGCUCCACAAGAUACUGCAUAUGUAUUCCUGAGUGAAGAAGAAACCACCCCUUCAGGAUGGUUUGCAAAAGGACAUUACACAGCUCACUGCAGGUUUGUCGAUGAUGAUGGAAGGUGCUAUGCGGACUUCAGCUAUUCCUUUGACAUCAGGAAGGACUGGGACUGACCGACGGAGGACAAAUCUGUCGAGACGUCGAACAUCGCUGCUGCGACUGACUAGUCGUACUGACGGAUCUGGUGGUAGCUAAGGUAUAUAAAAGGCAUGAGUGUAUGCCUUGAUAUGUGAUCUUGGCUGCUUCCCCUGCUGCUGUUGCUAUUGCUGCUGCUGCUAUUGCUUAUAUUCGGGGCUUAGAGCGCCCCCCUUUCUUGCGAAAGGAAAAUUGGAUUGCUCUUGCAAUCGGAGUCGAAAUGCCAUGAUCGUAAUCAUGUUGUAUAGAAAGAGGAUCGUCAAGUGCAAAUCGGCUCGCAGAUAAAAUGGUCGGCAUCUGGAAAGGUAGUUGUUCAAAAUGCUCAAAAUGCUCAAAAUGCUCAAAAUGCUCAAAUCUGAAGUCGUGCAGCAGGCGAUUGAUUGCCGUUACCUUGGAAUGCUCCAUCCUUUUGUCGGGGGCGUUCCUUGGGCGUAUCAUCCAUAGGCAUAACUAGCCAGCAUGACUAUUAUAGGAAAGUGUCUUGCUCUUGGCGGAGUAGUGCCAUGCCAUGAGGACAAUGGCAAAAAUGAGUGGGCACCACUGUGAGGUCAUUUCAGUAGAAGUGCUCACUGUGAAGAAGAGACGAGUGUACACGGUGGGAGGGACGGGGUAGGUGUGUGGAUUGAAUUGUCUGCUUCACGGAAAUGACCACCAGUUGGGGUGGUGAGUUCAUUAUUUUAAGUUGUGCAGUCUGGAUAUUAAGAGAGGGUUUGUUCCUCGACUCGUUCGUGCUUCCCUGGGAGUGAUUGAUUGGGGCUGCUCUUUGCGGGGGAGGGAGGGGCUUAAAUAGGGUUUGCAGGUGGUGAGUUCAUUAUUUGAAGUUGUGCAGUCUGGAUAUUAAGGGAGGGUCUUUUCCUCAACGCGUUUGUUCUUCCCUGGGAGUGAUAGAUUGGGGCUUCUCUUUGCGGGGAGGGAGUGCUGAGAUACCGGUUCCAGUGCUGUUUGUUUAUGCUGGACAAGGACAUACUCACAGUGGGACCUUUUUUGAGUCAAUCUGGCGGUAGUGGGGGUCAGACAUGUCCAACGAUGUCCCAGUUAUGAGUGUGCCCAAGA